GUAGGGCCAGGCCUCACCACACCUCACCCACCCCCAGCCCAGGGACCGGUUGGGGCGUAUAGGCACCAGGACGUCCUGUGGACAGAGCUGCCGGUCACACAGCGCAAGCCUCGGUCGGGGUCAGUGAUGUGUCCUCUGGGCUGCACAGAGGCAACAUCCUUCAUGGGGUCUUAAUGGUACCACUGAUUCAUGGCCUCUCAUGAAAACAGCUGGCAUUUUAACGUGGUUCUCAGGGCAAAUAUCCCAGUGCCCAGCUUGCUGUGCCUGUGGAGGGUGCUUGUUAAGGUCUUCGUCAGCAGGCCCUGCAGCAGGGUUGAGUUGCUGAGCCACUCUGGGGACUGGGGAGAGAGCUCUUGCUGGCUGGGAAGGUUGGUGGAAAAGCAUGCCUUGGCACUUUGUAAAGUGGCCUCUUUUAAAAGAGAGGAAGGGAUCUCGUUUCCAGAUAUGGAGUAAUAAAUUCUGUUCUUUUCCAUUCAGCAUUGCAGUUGAGCUAACACAGGGAGAGAACCUAUUGCCGUUGUAAAGCAUACAGCUGUUGAUCUGCCAGUGUAUCCCUUUCCCCAGGGCAUUCAUCGUUUGGCUGGCGAAUGGCGAGACUAUUCGUGUCUAUAAAAUGACUAAGAAGGAUGAUGGCAGCUUCACCUUCACUGCAACUUCAGGGGACUUCCCAAAGAAGCACAAGGCUCCUGUCAUUAACAUAGGAAUUGCAGAGACAGGAAAGUUUAUCAUGACAGCUUCCAGUGACACUACCAUCCUGAUAUGGAGCCCGAAGGGUGAAGUCCUGGCCAGCAUUAACACUAACCAGAUGAACAACACCUACGCCAUGGUGUCGCCCUGCGGGAGGUUUGUGGCAUCCUGUGGCUUCACCCCUGAUGUGAAGGUGUGGGAGGUGUGUUUUGGCAAGAAUGGAGACUUCCGGGAGGUGGCCAGGGCUUUUGAGUUGAAAGGCCACACCGCUGGCAUACAUUCCUUCUCCUUCUCUAAUGACUCAAGGAGGAUGGCGACUGUUUCGAAGGAUGGGACGUGGAAGUUCUGGGACACGGAUGUGGAAUAUAAGAAGCAACAGGAUCCAUACCUGCUUCUGACGGGGAAGUGUGAGGUGAUGGAGCCUUGUCGAAUCACCCUGUCCCCUGAUGCUCGUGUCGUCGCCAUCUCUAGUGGCACAGACAUUGUUGUGUACAACACAAGAAGAGGAGAGGAGGAGGAGCGCUUUCUCGCUGUGCAUGGACAGUGCAUAACAGACUUGGCUUUUGACACCAACAGCCGCUACCUGGCGUCGUGUGGGGACCGGGCCAUCCGUGUCUUCCACAACACUGCUGGUCAUCGGGCAGUGGUGGAGGAGAUGGAGACCAUGCUGAAAAAAACUGGGAACAAAGCCACCCGAGAGAGGCUGGAGCAGCAGAUCUCCAGUUCCCGCAACACGCUGGCUGCAAUCUAUGGCAAGAAGCACUAAUCCUUCCCCCACUGUGGCACGUCCUGGCUCUGUACAGUCGCAGGCAGCUGUGUUCUGCCUUUGGGAAUUAUUUUUUUUAAUAACACUGAACAACUUGUAAUAAAAGAGCAUGCAGACUGCGUGCCCAGGGCCUU